UGGCCAAAGACUGCGCCGCACACUCGCCAGGAUUGCCAAACAUUCCUGAAAAAUAUACCUGCUAUUUAUGGCAUGUGGCUUGUAACUUUACUCCUGCUGUACUCUCUCCAGGAAGUACACAGUGAGGAUGUGGGCUCUACCAGGCUGUACUUUGUGAACGCGUCCCUCCAGAGGCUGACCUACUCCAGCUCGGUGGGGGUGUCUCUGCCCUGUCCGGCUGGCGGCACCCCCACCGCCAUCCUGCGCUGGUACCUGGCCACCGGCGAUGACAUCUACGACGUGCCCCACAUCCGUCAUGUCCAUGCCAAUGGCACCCUCCAACUCUACCCCUUCUCUCCCUCCGCCUUCAACUCCUACAUCCACGACAACGACUACUUCUGCACCGCAGAGAACCAGGCUGGCAAGAUCCGCAGCCCGAACAUCAGAGUCAAAGCUGUGUUCAGGGAGCCGUACACGGUGCGUGUGGCAGACCAGCGCUCCAUGCGGGGCAACGUGGCCGUGUUCAAGUGCCUCAUUCCCACCGCUGUGCAGGAGUACGUCAGCGUGGUGUCCUGGGAGAGAGACACCGUUUCCAUCAUCCCAGCUAACAGGUUCUUCCUGACAUCCUUUGGUGCUCUGUACAUCUCAGAUGUCCAGAAAGAGGAUGCCCUCUCCACCUACCGCUGCAUCACCAAGCACAAAUACAGUGGAGAGACACGCCAGAGCAAUGGAGCCAGGCUGUCUGUCAUGGACCCCACAGAGUCGUCUCCCUCUAUCCUGGACAGUUUCCUAGCGGGGGAGGUGCGGGCGGGUCUGAGUGUGGAGCUUCCCUGCAUUGCAGCAGGGUACCCCAGCCCCACAGUGCGCUGGCUGAAGGACGGCCGCCCAUUGCCUUCCGAUGCCCACUGGACGCGGCGCCUCACGGGUCUGACCAUCAGUGACCUCAGGCAGGAGGACAGCGGCAGCUAUGCCUGUGAGGUCACCAACAGCUUCGGCUCCAAGGAGGUGUCCGGAGCACUUUAUGUCAUAGACCCCCUGCGAGUGACCCUUUCUCCCAAGAGUCUAAAGACGGGCAUCAGCAGUACCCUGUUCUUUACCUGUGCUGUGGAGGGUUCUCCAGAGUACACAGUGGCCUGGUACAGGAACACAGACCCCAUAAUCCCAGAUCAGCACAUCUCUAUCCAGGGCCCCCACAACGACACACUGCAGAUCACAGCGGCUCAGAAGAGCCAUUCUGGGGCUUACCAGUGCUUCGCCUCCCGCAAGGGCCACACUGCCCAGGACUUCUCUAUCAUACUGCUGGAGGAUGGUACUCCUCGUAUCGUGUCGUCCUUCAGUGAGCGCGUGGUCGCCCCCGGGGAGCCUUUCUCCCUGAUGUGUGGCGCCAAAGGAGCCCCACCCCCUUCCAUCACCUGGACGCUGGACGACGAGCCUGUGGUGCGAGACUCCGCCUACAAGACAAGCCAGUACACCCUAUCAGACGGCCUGACCGUGUCACAUGUCAACGUCAGCAGCCCGGCCAUCCGCGACGGGGGAGUGUAUCGCUGCGCCGCACGCAACUCGGCCGGUAGCGCCGAGUACCAAGCGCGCAUAAACGUAAGAGGUUCUCCUAGGAUCAGGGAGAUGCGUGACAUCACGGCUGUAGCUGGAAGGAACACCUUUAUAACCUGUCGUGUGAUUGGUUACCCAUACUACUCUAUCAAGUGGUUUAAGGACGGCAUGCUGCUGCCUGACAACCAUCGGCAGGUUGUGUAUGAGAAUGGAACCCUGAGGCUGAGUGAUGUGCAGAAGGGCAUGGACGAGGGUACCUACCUGUGUAGUGUGCUCAUACAGCCACAGACCUCCAUCGACCAGACUGUCCACGUCACUGUGAAAGUGCCGCCCCUGAUCCAGCCCUUUGACAUCCCUUCCACGUCGGUGGGAAAGCUGAUGUACAUCGCCUGCGUGGUGUCGUCAGGUGACAUGCCUAUCCGCAUCACCUGGCACAAAGAUGGGCAGCUUAUCGUGCCUGGCUCAGCCUCCGGCGUUGGCAUAGAGACCAAGGAGUUCAUGAGCUCCCUGCAGAUCUCCAAGGUGACCCUGAAGCACAACGGCAACUACACCUGCAUUGCUAGCAACGCCGCGGCAACCGUCAGCUGGGAGAGACAACUGAUCGUCACCGUUCCCCCUCGCUUUGUGGUACAGCCUAACAACCAGGAUGGGAUCUAUGGGAAGGCAGGAGUACUCAACUGCUCUGUGGAGGGAUACCCUCCUCCCAAAGUCAUGUGGAAACACGCCAAAGGUAUAGGGAACCCCCAGCAGUACCACCCUGUGCCUCUGACUGGUCGGAUCCAGAUCAUGGGGAACGGCUCCCUGCUGAUCCGUCACGUCCUGGAGGAUGACCGGGGAUACUACCUCUGUCAGGCCUCCAACGGAGUGGGCUCUGACAUCAGCAAGAGCAUGGUUCUUACUGUCAAGAUUCCAGCCAUGAUCACGUCACACCCCAACACCACUAUGGCCAUCAAGGGCCAGGUGAAGGAGCUGAACUGCACAGCGCGGGGAGAGCAGCCCAUCAUCAUCCGCUGGGAGAGGGGCGACACCGUCAUCGACGCCGAGAGGAACCCCCGCUACUCCAUCACCAUCAACAAGAAAGGGGACGAGGUCAUCUCCACGCUCAAGCUGAAGCCAGCGGAGCGCGGGGACUCAGUCUUCUUCUCCUGCCAUGCCAUCAACUCAUACGGAGAGGGGCGAGGACUCAUCCAGCUUACCGUGCAAGAGCCUCCUGACCCUCCUGAGUUGGAGGUGAGAGAGGUGAAGGACCGCAGUAUGAACCUGCGCUGGAUCCAGAGGUUCGAUGGCAACAGCAUCAUCACCAGCUACGACAUCGAGUAUAAGAACAAGUCUGAUACUUGGGAUCACAAGUACACCACCAGGAACAUCUCCCCCACUAACAACCAGGCUAACAUCGUGGAGCUGCACCCUGCCUGUGUCUACAGCAUCCGCAUGUACUCCUUCAACAAGAUCGGACGCAGCCAGCCUAGCAAGGAGCUCACCAUCAGCACUGAAGAAGCACAACCUGAUGGGCCCCCUAUGGACGUGAUCCUCCAGCCAAUGACGUCGCAGAGCAUACGGGUCACAUGGAGGGCCCCCAGGAAGGAGCUUCAGAACGGGGUGAUCCGGGGCUACCAGAUUGGUUACCGUGAGAACGGGCCGGGCAGUAACGGCCAGUACAGCAUUGUGGAGAUGAAGGCCACAGGGGACAGCGAGGUGUACACUCUGGGCAACUUGAAGAAGUUUGCCCAGUAUGGAGUGGUGGUCCAGGCCUUCAACAGGGCUGGUACUGGCCCCUCUAGCAGUGAGAUCAACGCUACCACACUGGAGGAUGUGCCCAGCCAGCCACCCCAGAACGUGCGGGCCAUCUCGGUGACGUCAGACGAGGCGGUGAUCACAUGGGCGGAGCCCCCGCGUCUGACGCUGCAUGGCGUGCUGAAGGGCUACCGCGUGGUGUUCUGGUCCCUCUUCCCUGAUGGAGAAUGGGGAGAGAUGCAGAACAUCACUACAACUCGUGAGCAGGUGGAGCUGAGAGGGCUGGAGAAGUUCACUAACUACAGUGUCCAGGUGCUGGCCUACACACAGGCUGGGGACGGGGUCAGGAGCAAUGUCCUGUACAUCCAAACCCGCGAGGACCUCCCAGGUCCUCCAGCUGGUAUCAAAGCCGUGCCCUCAUCUCCCAGCAGUGUGGUCGUGUCCUGGCUACCCCCCCAUAAACCCAAUGGUGUCAUCCGCAAGUACACCAUCUACUGCUCCAGCCCAGGCUCCGGACAGCCGGCUCCCAGUGAGUAUGAGACCAACCCAGAGAUGUUGUUCUACAGGAUCACCCAUCUGACCCGCGGUAAACAGUACCUCAUCUGGGCCGCCGCGGUGACAACCGCUGGCCGCGGCAACAUCAGCGAAAAGGUCACCGUGGAGCCUGCUGGGAAAGCACCAGCUAAGAUCCUGUCGUUCGGGGGCACAGUGACCACUCCCUGGAUGAAGGAGAUCCGUUUGCCUUGCAGCUCAGUGGGAGAACCCACCCCCACCUUCAAAUGGACCAAAGACAGUGAGUACACGGCUAUUCCUGUGACUGUGGACGGACAGCGUCAGAUCCUGUCCAAUGGUACUCUAGUGCUACGGUCCGUCAAAGCUGAGGAUUCUGGGUACUACACGUGCACGGCCACCAACACGCUGGGCUUUGACACCAUCAUUGUCAACCUGCUGGUGCAAGUUCCUCCAGACCAGCCCCGUCUGACCGUCUCCACCACCUCUACCUCUUCCAUCACCCUGGCCUGGAUACCUGGGGACAACGGAGGCAGCUCCAUCAGAGGUUUUGUCCUGCAGUACUCGGUAGACAACACAGAGGAGUGGAGGGAUGUGUUCAUUACUUCCACUGAGCGUUCCUUCAGGCUGGACAACCUGCGCUGUGGCACCUGGUACAAGGUCAAACUGGCAGCCAAGAACAGCGUGGGUUCAGGACGCAUCUCUGAGAUCAUCGAGGCCAAGACGCACGGACGAGAGCCUGCGUUCAACAAGGAGCAGCCCCUGCUCACCCACAUCAACUCCACCCACGCGGGGCUCAACCUGCAGGGCUGGACCAGCGGAGGCUGCCCCAUCACCACUCUGCUGCUGGACUUCCGGCCCAAGGGCACGUGGGCCUGGCAGAGCCUGAAGGCCAACGCCACAGCCCAGCUCUUCCUCAGCGAGCUGCGGGAGGCCACCUGGUACGAACUGAAGAUGAAGGCCUGCAACAGUGCCGGCUGUGGGAACCAGAGCUCCCAGUUCGCCACCACAGACUACGAUGGCAGUACCAUCCCUCCUAUAAACUCGGCCCAGGAGGACAGAGACGAUGUGAAGAAGCUGUUCUCCAUAGGCUCUCCUGUCAUCCUGGUCACCCUGGGCGUCGCCCUGCUCUUCAUCAUCCGCAAGAAACGCAAAGAGAAGAGACUGAAACGACUCAGAGAUGCUAAGAGCCUUGCAGAGAUGCUUAUCAGUAAGAACAACCGCAGCAUGGACACCCCAGUGAAGGGUCCUCCCCAGGGCCCCCGGCUCCACAUCGACAUACCCCGUGUCCAGCUGCUUAUCGAGGACAAGGAGGGGAUCAAACAGAUAGGUGAGGACAAGGCAGCGGCCCCAGUGACGGACAGCGAGUUCAGCCAAUCGGUGAAUCCACAGAGCUUCUGCACGGGCGUGUCUCUGCACCACCCCGCCCUCAUCCAGAACACAGGGCCAUUGAUUGACAUGUCAGACAUCCGCCCUGGAACCAACCCAGUGUCGAGGAAGAGUGUGAAGUCGGCCCACAGCUCCAGGAACCGUUACUCCAGCCAGUGGACCUUGAGCAGGCCGGGCCAGAGCCAAUCAACAGCCUCCGCAAGAACUCUGACCUCUGACUGGCGCACCAUGGGCUCUCACGGCAUCACCGCCACCGAGAGUGACAGCUACAGCGCCAGCCUGUCGCAGGACACUGAUAAGGGUCGUAACAGCAUGGUGUCCACAGAGAGUGCGUCGUCUACGUACGAGGAGCUGGCACGGGCCUACGAACACGCCAAACUGGAGGAGCACCUGCAGCAUGCCAAGUUCACUAUCACAGAAUGUUUCAUCUCCGACAGCUCCUCUGAUCAGAUGACCACUGGCACCAACGACCCGGCCGACAGCAUGACAUCACUCAGCACGCCGUCCGAAACAGGCCUUUGUCGCUUCACCGCCUCGCCACCCAAACCCCAAGACUAUGACCGCGGCAGACCUACCAAUGUGGCCGUGCCCAUCCCCCACCGCGCCAACAAGAGUGAAUUCUGCAACCUCCCACUCUACAUGAAGACAGACCCUUUCUUCAGGAAACAGGCAGAACUGCAUGACCCGUGUCCUGCUGUACCGCCCCGGGAGGCCUCCAUCCGCAGCCUGGCACAGCGGGCGUACCACACCCAGGGCCGUCACAUGACUCUGGACCCGUCCAAGCAGCAGGCCCUGACGCUGGGACACUCUGGGCUGGCCAGCCUGGGUGUGAGCUCAGGUACUGCCACCCUGCCCCAGAGGACUCUCACUAUGCCCAGCUCCAACCCUGCAGCCACAGCCUCCACCUCCAGCACCAGCAGUAAUCCCACUGGCUCCAGCACCAAGAUGGGGGGCUCCAGAGACUCACUGCUAGAGAACAGCUCCUCAGCGUUGGGUAGACUGCAGAAGCAAGGGGUCGGGGCCUACUCCAAGUCUUACACACUGGUGUAGCUACUAGCCCCCCUUCUCUCUCUCAAAGACUAUACACUCCUGUCUGGCCCGGCCCCACACCAGUGUUCUACACAUCAGGUCAGGGUGGGUAUGUAGUGCAUUGCAGUGCAGCAGGUGUCCCCAGCUAACAGCUAACUACUGUAACAGCUAAUUACCCAGUAGCGUGAGUAGUCUUAAUUGUGACCUUGGGUUCUGCCUCCCAGGAAUGACCAGAGACCAUUGUAACCUGCCUGAUUCAUGCUCACCUGGACCUGUAUAAAACAAACUACUAUCUACUGACUACCAGUUAGCCUGCUGCCAUGCUAGCAUGCUGCUCAGUAUCCGGGGACGUAUCCACACACACACACACACACACACACACACACACACACUCACACUCACACUCACACUCACACACACUCGCACACACUCGCACACGCACACGCACACACACACACACACACACACACACACACACACACACACACACACACACACACACACACACACACACACACUCACACACACACACUCACACGCUCACACGCACACGCACACGCACACACACACACACACACACACACACACAGAGGAAGAUCUGGAGCUGUUCUCCAAGGUAAUUUCAAACCAAUUGAGUAUUACUGAGGAGCUGAACGGUGAAAGCUCACUGCUCGUGCUGAUGAAGUCAAUUAUAGCAGAGGAGUCUGGGCUAAAAGCAGUGUUGAUUACACACACAUAUAUUAUGCUGCCCUCCAUGGUUUGAGCAGAAGCUCCUGCAGGACUUCCAGUUUUAUCCCCUCUAGUCUUGUCUCACUCUCUAUGUCUCCACGUCCAGUCUCACUCUCCAUCGGCAGUUACUCUCUCUCUCUCUCUCUCUCUGUGGAUUCCAUAAGGAAGGGUUUCAGGUUCACCUCACUUAGAAUUUUAAGUUCGUAUUUUUAGCACAUUUAUUGUUGAUAUGUCCCACCCUCCUCUUUCCCAACUCAACAUUAUCCGAUAGCUUUUGACCGAAACAUGACAACCCAAAUAACCCAGCAAUGAUUUGAAAACGUCAGGGCUCUCGCAAUACAAACAAAUAUAGAAUAUUUGGUAUUUUAAAGAUUUUACAUAUAUAUUUCUGUAUAAGUAUAUUAUGUCAUUUAAGUGAAAUUAUGGCAAAGAAUAAAACUAUACAACCAUUUAAAUGUUUUAAAAACUAUAAGAAUGAGACAAUCGCUCAAUCAUGUGAAGAGCAGGGAAAAUGAAAGAGGAGGAAAGAAUAGAAGAGUAUUAUGAAGAGGGAGGAGCACGUGUAUAUAGAGGGUGUUCUUUAUGUUACUGUAGACAGGCUGAGAGGAAUGAGGUGACUUCCUUUUCAGACAGGAAGUGUCCAUCUCAAAGCCCCCUAUUAGUUAGUAUCUUAUAAGAUCGUCAGUGAUUGGUUGGUGUACUUACUUUCAGAAGCCAAAUCAUUUCCUCUGAAGACGGGUGUAUCCAGGGCGACCUACACUGUUGACACUGUUGUCUAUCAUCUCUCUGCUUUCGUUCACCUGUUACUUGAGUAAACAGAGGCCAUGACCUCUCAGGGCCUCAGGUAUGGGCAUUUGACCUUUGACGUGUGGUAGCAGCGGGGUUACAGAGUCACUGUGAGUGGAGCAGAAGUCAGGGAUCAGAGCACGGCUACUGUACCCACAGCUAGCUACCACACAGUGUACACCAGUAGCCCUGUGACGUCUACCAACCUCUCAGCCCAUGUAUUACUGUCUCCCUCCUUCCAAUACAAAAUGGCCGCCAAGACACCAAGAGGAUAAUCAUGUGAAGUAAGUUAAUUGACUAGUUUAGCAGAGAGACGUUACCAGCCAGUCAGGGUGUUCAGUUUGAAUAUGAUAAGAUGAUGUGCAGUCAGUGGUCUAUUGGUGUCUCUGUUGCUGCCCUGUCUGAAGUACUGUAUAUUUCCCACUUCUUUCUCCAUCCCCAAUAUCCAUGUCCAUCCUCAUCCCCUGCACCAUUUUGUGCUACUACAUGUACAUCAACACAGGAACUUGUUGGAAUGUCUAUUGAAGUAUUGCCAUUCAAAUGUUUUGUCGUUUCUUUUGUUUUUUGAUUAUUUGUCCAUCUGUUGAUUUUGAAUUGAAUAUAUUUGUUUUUGCUUGUUUAUUCAUAUGUAUUUUUUGGGUUCCAGAGGCCAGACAGUACUGAGGCAUAACACACCUAUGAUUUCGGCCAGCUUUAACCAAGUAAAAUCAGGGACUAGCUCUUUAGGUCACACCAGAGCCAUGUAUUUAGAAAGCAGGGCCAAUGCGGUUUCUGCAUUAUGAUGCAUUUACAUGACACUUCAACAUUCUAUGGCAGCCAUGUUAGCUCCCCAUUAACAUCACAUGGGGAAUAUUUUAGCAAUGCUAUGUAACUGAAUGUCUAGAAUUCUAAAAGUUGUUUGAACUCUCUAUAUACAGUGGGGAGAACAAGUAUUUGAUACACUGCCGAUUUUGCAGGUUUUCCUACUUACAAAGCAUGUAGAGGUCUGUAAUUUUUUAUCAUAGGUACACUUCAACUGUGAGAGGCGGAAUCUAAAAUCCAGAAAAUCACAUUGUAUGAUUUUUAAGUAAUUAAUUUGCAUUUUAUUGCAUGACAUAAGUAUUUGAUCACCUACCAACCAGUAAGAAUUCUGGCUCUCACAGACCUGUUCGUUUUUCUUUAAGAAGCCUUCCUGUUCUCCACUCAUUACCUGUAUUAACUGCACCUGUUUGAACUCGUUACCUGUAUAAAAGGCACCUGUCCACACACUCAAUCAAACAGACUCCAACCUCUUCACAAUGGCCAAGACCAGAGAGCUGUGUAAGGACUUCAGGGAUAAAAUUGUAGACCUGUACAAGGCUGGGAUGGGCUACAGGUCAAUAGGCAAGCAGCUUGGUGAGAAGGCAACAACUUUUGGCGCAAUUAUUCGAAAAUGGAAGAAGUUCAAGAUGACCCUCGGUCUGGGGCUCCAUGCAAGAUCUCACCUCGUGGGGCAUCAAUGAUCAUGAGGAAGGUGAGGGAUCAGCCCAGAACUACACGGCAGUACCUGCUCAAUGACCUGAGAAGAGCUGGGACCACAGUCUCAAAGAAAACCACACACUACGCCGUCAUGGAUUAAAAUCCUGCAGCGCACUCAAGGUCCCCCUGCUCAAGCCAGCGCCCGUCUGAAGUUUGCCAAUGACCAUCUGGAUGAUCCAAAGGAGGAAUGGGAGAAGGUCAUGUGGUCUGAUGAGACAAAAAUAGAGCUUUUUGGUCUAAACUCCAUUCGCCGUGUUUGGAGGAAGAAGAAGGAUGAGUACAACCCCAAGAACACCAUCCCAACUGUGAAGCAUGGAGAUGGAAACAUCAUUCUUUGGGGAUGCUUUUCUGCAAAGGGGACAGGACGACUGCACCGUAUUGAGGGGAGGAUGGAUGGGGCCAUGUAUCGCGAGAUCUUGGCCAACAACCUCCUUCCCUCAGUAAGAACAUUGAAGAUGGGUUGUGGCUGGGUCUUCCAGCAUGACAAUGACCCGAAACACACAGCCAGGGCAACUAAGGAGUAGCUCCGUAAGAAGCAUCUCAAGGUCCUGGAGUGGCCUAGCCAGUCUCCAGACCUGAACCCAAUAGAAAAUCUUUGGAGGGAGCUGAAAGUCCGUAUUGCCCAGCGACAGCCCCGAAACCUGAAUGAUCUGGAGAAGGUCUGUAUGGAGGAGUGGGCCAAAAUCCCUGCUGCAAUGUGUGCAAACCUGGUCAAGAACUACAGGAAACGUAUGAUCUCUGUAAUUGCAAACAAAGGUUUCUGUACCAAAUAUUAAGUUCUGUUUUUCUGAUGUAUCAAAUAAUUAUGUCAUGCAAUAAAAUGGAAAUGAAUUACUUAAAAAUCAUACAAUGUGAUUUUCUGGAUUUUUGUUUUAGAUUCCGUCUCUCAUAGUUGAAGUGUACCUAUGAUAACAAUUACAGACCUCUACAUGCUUCUAAGUAGGAAAACUUGCAAAAUCGGCAGUGUAUCAAAUACUUGUUCUCCCCACUGUAUAUGUCUCUGGGUCACACACUGAAACUGUGUAUAUACUGGACAGGGUCAGGAAAAGCGGACCCUCCCAACCAGCUCUCUCUAGUCAACUCCCUGCCACCUUGGACAUUCAUUACAUACACUACCUUUGGCAGUAUUGUUUAUAAAUUAACUCUUGUACAUAAAACACAGUUUUGUAUGAAGAGCUAUUUUCGUCAGAAUAAAAUAGGGCAAGAUCAGGGUUGAAUCAUGCCCCACUUCAAAAUGAAAACAACAUGAAUGAAAAUAUUGAUUUGAUAAACAUUAAUUUCGACCUUGGGCAAAAUAUUUUUUUCUCUAUUCCCUUCAUGUUUUUUUAUACUAAUUUGUUGAAUUUUUAUGCUUUUUUUAAAGGUAUUUUGAUGUUGUCAUUUGUCCUGUUCACUUUUUUAAUGAUCAUUUUUUGUAUUUUGUUCACCCUCAAAAAUGACAUUGCAUGCUAGGGAAAAGGUGAGGGAAAGAAAUGUACAAAAAAAAUUAAAUUUGAAGAAAAGAAAAUGUUGAGAGGAUUCCAAACAUUCCUUUGAGUUGCUUCUAAUAGCAAUUGCUUGUCUUUAAAAGAACAUUUUCUAUGAAAAGUAAUGAAAAAUACUAACAAAAAGAGUAUUCUAACACCUUGUGCAAUAAAACUAUCUUUCUAUA